CCCGCCCACCCCUCUCGUCGGCCGCUGGCCGACCCAGCUCGCCCUAUUGUUGGUCGCGCGCGCAGUGUCCCGCAAAUCCGGAAGUUGUUCCGGAGGAGUGAGGGUCGCCGCCUCUCGCAUUGACUGCUGAAGACUCAUAUUGCCUGAGGAAGAGGUCCAGAAGUGAAGAAAGAGGAGUCAUAAUGGCUUUUGCUCAGGUUCUGCUGACCUUCAGAGAUGUGGCUGUAGAAUUCUCCCGGGAGGAAUGGGAAUCCCUGGACCUUACUCAGAGAGCUCUGUACAAGGAGGUGAUAUUGGAGAACUACAGGAACCUGGUCUCUUUGGGAAUCUGUCUUCCUGACCUGAGUGUUAUCUCUAUGUCGGAGCAAGGGAAAGAGUCCUGGACCGUGGAGAAUGAAUUGAAAAUAGCAAAAACACCAAAUGGGUGGGAAUGUGUCAAGAGUAUGAGCAGAGAUAUCUAUCCUGCACACAUGAUCCAGCAGUUACCACCUACAGAGAAGAACAGCAUAGGAGAAAUAUCCCAAAGAGUGAUGUUGGAAAGACAUGAAAUUCAUUGCAUCCAAGACUUUUACUUCAGCGAAAUCUGGGAAAGAAUGUAUGAUGUUGAGUGUCAGGGGAGAAAUGGUGAAAGAAAUUACCAAGGAGCACCUGUAAUGCAAAGAAAUGAAUUCACUGGCAGAACAGAUCAAUAUUAUAAAAGUUCUGCAGAAAACAAGUCUGUUGAAAAUCAGCUUGACUUAAGCUGCCCAUCACAUCUAGCUGAGAUGCAGAAACUUUAUACCAAAAGUAAAAUUUAUGAAUGUAGUCAAUUUGAGAAAUCUAGCAAUACUGGUUCUUCAUCUUCACCACUUCCAACAGUUCCUGCUAGAAUCAACACUAACAUUGCAGAGAUACAUGAGAAUGAUCCUCUGCAGCCUUUAUUACUCAUACAAGACCAGAAAGCACACAGAGAAAAACCUUACAAAUGUAAUGAAUGUGGCAAGGCCUUUAAUCAGGGCUCCCAUCUCACCAGACAUCUGAUGAUCCAUUCUGGAGAGAAGCCCUAUAAAUGUGAUGUGUGUGGCAAAGUCUUUAGUCAAAAGUCAAACUUAGCAAGUCAUCAUAGAAUCCAUACUGGAGAGAAACCUUACAAAUGUAAUCAGUGUCCCAAAGUCUUCAGUCAAUAUUCACACCUUGAAAAUCAUCAGAGAGUUCAUACUGGAGAGAAGCCUUAUAAAUGUAAUGAAUGUGGCAAAGCUUUUAGGGUGCGUGCAAGCCUCAUGAACCAUCAGGUGAUCCAUACUGGAGAGAAACCUUACAAAUGUAGUGAAUGUGGCAAAGCAUUUUUCCAAAAGUCACAACUUGUGAAACAUCAUAGAACUCAUACUGGAGAGAAACCACACAAAUGUAAUGAAUGUGGUAAAGCGUUUAUCCAAAAUUCAAGUUUAGUGGACCAUCAAAGAACUCAUUUUGGAGAAAAACCCUAUAAAUGUUAUGAGUGUGGUAAAGCCUUUUUUAUACGUUCAAGCCUAACUAACCAUCUGAUAAUUCAUGCUGGAGAGAAACCUUACAAAUGUAGUGACUGUGGAAAGGCUUUUAUCAAUCGUUCAAACCUUAAGCGUCAUGAGAGUAUUCAUUCUGGAGAAAAGCCAUACAGAUGUAAUGAAUGUGGCAAAGCCUUUAGGCAGUGGUCUGACAUCAAGGUCCACCUACGAAUUCAUGCUGGAGAGAAACCUUACAAAUGCGGUGAAUGUGGCAAAGCCUUUACUCAAGUUUCCCAUCUCAGUAAACACCAGAUAGUCCAUACUGGAGAAAAACCAUAUAAAUGUGAUCUAUGUGAUAAAGUCUUUAGUCAAAAUUGCCAUCUUUCAAGCCAUCGAAGAAUUCAUACUGGAGAGAAACCUUACAAAUGUAAUGAAUGUGGCAAAGCCUUUAGACAUUGGUCUGAAAUCAGGAUUCACCUAAGAAUUCAUGCUGGAGAGAAACCUUACAAAUGUGUUGAGUGUGGCAAAGCCUUUACUCAGGGUUCCCAUCUCAGUAAACACCAGUUAAUCCAUACUGGAGAGAAACCAUAUAAAUGUGAUCUAUGUGAUAAAGUCUUCAGUCAGAAUUCCCAUCUUUCAAGUCAUCGGAGUAUUCAUACUGGCGAGAAACCUUACAAAUGUAAUGAAUGUGGCAAAGCCUUUAGGCAGUGGUCUGACAUUAGGAUUCACCUAAGAAUUCAUGCUGGAGAGAAACCUUACAAAUGCAAUGAGUGUGGCAAGGCCUUUACUCAGGGUUCCCAAGUCAGUAAACACCAGAUAAUCCAUACUGGAGAGAAACCAUAUAAAUGUGAUCUAUGUGACAAAGUCUUUAGUCAAAAUUCCCAUCUCUCAAGUCAUCGGAGAAUUCAUACUGGGGAGAAACCUUACAAAUGUAAUGAGUGUGAUAAAGCCUUCCGUGUGCGUUCUAGCCUAACUUACCAUCAGUUAAUUCACAAAUGUAAGGAGUGUGACAAGGCCUUUAUCAAACUCUUCCACCUUAGACAUCGUGAAAGAGUCCACACUGGAGUGAAGCCUUACAAAUGUAUACAGUGUGGCAAGGCCUGUAGACAGUGGUCUGACAUCAGUCCUCAAAGAAUUCAUGCUGGAGAGAAAGAAACCUUACAGAUGUGAUGAGUGUGAGAAGCCUUUGAUGAGGGCUCCCAUCACAGUACAUAUCAGAUAAUACAUACUGAAGAGAAACCAUCAGUCCAAUGUAUGUGGCAAGGUCUUCAGUCAAAAUUCACAACUCGCAAAUCAUCUUAGAAUUCACACUAGAGAGAAGCCUUGCAAAUGUAAUCUAUGUGCCAAAGCCUUUAAUGUGCUUUGAUGCCUGACUAAGCAUCAAGUAAUUCAAACUGGAGAGAGUUUACAAAUGUAAAGAAUGUGGUAAGGCUUUCAACAAGUGUUUACACCUUCAGCUUCAUAAGAAAAUUCAUACUAGAGAGAAGCCAUAUGAAUAUUGAAUUUAGCAAGAUGUGUAGGUGGUGGUCUGACUGCAGGUUUCACUAAAGAAUUCAUUCUGAAGGGAAAUGUUACAGAUGCAAUGAGUCUGGUAAACCUUUACUCGGGCCUCACAACUAAUGAGAUAGUCCGUACUGGAGAGAACCUUACACAUGCACUGAACAUAGAAGAGCUCCUAAGUGUGGCUCUAUUAAACUCAAGGUUCACCAGGUACAAAUGGCAGUGAAUAUAGCAGUUUGAAAGUUGUGUCAGUAUUCACUAAGUAUAAGAAUAUUUAUCUUGGAGAGAAAUCAGGUGUAAUAUGUGUGGCAAAGGUUUUACCGCAACCGCUAAAUUUGUGGAAUGCCAAAGAAUUUGUACUGGAGAUGAACCUUGUAAAUGCAGUGACCGACAAAACCUCUACUGUGAGUAGUGUGCUACAUGACACUAGGGAGUCAUGUACAUGGGUCCUGGCCAGAAAAUAAAGUUCUCCAGUGAGUUCUCAUUACUGUGUCGUGCUUCAAGAGAUCAUCACUAAUCCAAUCCGGGAACAAGGUCCAACAAUAAGCACACAUAUAAUUUAAUUUUAAUAGCCACAGUGCAGAAGUUUAUUAGCAAAUAAAGAAUACUGAAACAGUUUGUGUGGAGACAAAUCAAAUAUAUAAUGUAUAACAUUUGACUGGAGAUAAUUUAUUUUACAAGCCUAUGAGAUAUAAGACAUUAAGAAUAAUUCCAUUAAAAUGUAAUAGCAUGAGGGAUGGUUCUUUUAAGUCAAUAUGGAAGUCACACAGUCAUGAUGUAAGGUGUAAAUGUAAAUAUAAAUUUUAUAUAAUACCCUGGAUCAGAUCAAAUAAUCCAGGAGAGAGAAAGGAGUGAGAAACACAGAGGCACAGAUUCCCCAGCACUGAUAUUUUCCCAUGACAUCUUGCAUUGGGGGACAGUGAUCUGGGCCUGGGCUGCCUGUUUUGCAUUCUGUGUAGGCACAAGCAGCGGGUCCACCACAUCUGAACACAGAACAUCUCAUCAGGACCUUGCCUGAGAGCAGAGCUUCUCAGAGCAUCCUCACCCUGACGAGGGCCUUCACACCCUUCCUCAGCUCGUCUUCCAUGUUUCAUGUUUCUUUGGCUCUUGUUUGUGAAGCUGCUUGAUGUUGGCCAGCAUUUCUGCCUAGGUCACUGCUUGUGUCCCCUGCUUGUCAGUUGAUUCUCAUGAGUUAGGAAUGCAGUGCAUCCAGGCUCAUCUGGAAGAAGAGAGCAGAUUUCUCAGCUGCUCAGAUGUGUGUGAUGUUUGUGACUUUCACAUGUGCAGUCGUGACUGCUCUCAUGUCACUUCCUCUCCCUCAAAUCUAUGAGCCAAUGUUAUGGAAGACAGAAAUGUAAAUAGGCAGUGCUACAUGUCCAUAGUUACUUGUAAUUGGUAAUAAUGCAAAAUGAAGUCAGGCACAUUGCACCAAGCCCUUCUGAAAUUUUAUAUAAAUGAAAUAGUGUAUCAUAAAUUUAUAUACCUGCAUUUUCAAAAUAUAUUAUUAUUUUACCCAUAUUUUCACAAAUCUACCAACCUUUUUGUAUAUCUUGCAAAGUAUGAUUUUUAAAAAUGUACUUAUGCAUUUCUUUCCUUUUUUCUUUACAAAUAUGUCACAUCUGCCUCAUUUCUGAGAACAGAUAUGAACACUUGUAAUCAGUUAUACCUCAUAGUAUCCUUAAUGAUUUUUAUGCUUACCUUAUUAAGUCCAGUUAUAAAAUGAAAGAUACAUGUGUAGGAAACAAACUGAUUUCAUUCACUCCUUUAUUCUGAACAUUGUCAAUCACAACUCCCUCAGGACAGGAAACCCAUUAUAUAGUCUCUUCAUUUUCUGUCCUCAAAUCUUCAGUAGUCCUCUUCCUCUGUACUUAAAAGGGUUUCUAAUUCAGCAAGAUACAUAUAAAUAAAUAAGUAGGCUCAAUUUCAAAAGAGAUGAAGUUAGUGGAUAUAAUUGUCACUAUUAUAAAAUUUGCUACAAAAUCAUGUCUUCUAAAAAAUUUGGACAGUGUCAUUUAGAGAUUUAUAUUUUUAUUCCAGUCAGUUAGAUACACAAUAUAGUUCCAGUCUGUGAAAAUAUUUCAAAACAUUAAUCUCCAUAUUUAUAAUUACGAUCUAAAACUCUCAAUAUUCCUUCAGUGUUUAUUAUUUGGAAAUUUCUUUUUCCUUAUUGAAUGACAGUUUUUGUAGAUCAAGUGUUUUUGAUUGGGAGUUUUGUCAUUCAGUUCGUUAAAAAUAACAUCUCAGGCCUGCAAGGUAUUAUUUCUUCUAGCUAAACAUAUAUUGACAAUUCUUUUGUACUCUUUGUAUUCUUUUAUCACUUGUAGAAUUAUUCUAUGUCCAUUUGUCAGCUUUUAUCAAGCUCAUCAUUGUAAGAAAUGUAAAUGUAACACCUACUCCCCAUGAGGAAUGUAAUCAUUAUGUCCUGUAAAGAUGUACAAAUAAAAAUUAAAAAUGUAAAAUAAAGACUGAGUAAUAGUCCAUUAAUAAACAACAGAGAUAAAAAGUUGGGAAAGAACCAAAUAGAUAUUUCUCAAAACAAAUGGCCGACCAAUGUAUGAAAAAAUGUUCACAAUCAUAAAUCAUUAGGAAAUGAAAAUUAAACCUCAAUGAGAUCAUGUCAUACCUGUUAAAUGGCUGUUGAGAACAAGCACAAAAGACAUCAGGUGUUGAAUGGGAUGUGACAUGACAUGAAUCCUCAGGCGUUAUUAAUGGGAAUGUAUAUUACUGUUGUCAUUGUGAAAAAUAGGGAAAUUCCUGAAGAAAUUAAAAAUAGAACCAUCAUACAGACUAUGAAACUGGCUAAUCUGUGUAUAUAUGUAGAGGAAACUAAAGUCAGUAUGUUGAAGUGAUACUACACUCUCAUGAUUCUUGUAGCAUUGUUUGCAAUGGCUAGAUGUAUAACCUAAUUAAGUGGCCAUCAAUGGAUGAAUGGAUAAAGAAAAUGUGAUAUGAAGGUACAUUGCAAAACUACUUCAUCUUCAAAAGUGAAGAAGACCCAUCACUGUGAAUGAGGUAGAUUUUAAAAGAACCCAAGCACAGAUGAACAAAUACUACAUGAUCUCUUGUGUAUGUGGGAUAUAAAUCAGUUGCACUCAGAAAAAAAUAAGAAAAGCAGAAUGUUGGUCACUAGUGACUAGGGCCUGAGGUGAGCUGGGUAGAUAUUCAUCAUCUCUCUACAGGUAGUAAGUUCAAGGGAUAUACUUUGAAGCACGGUAAUUAUUGUUACUAACAAUGUUAUAUUCUUGAGAAUGGCUAAGAUCUUACUCAGCAGUUUUCACCAAAAAAAAAAAGUAAGGUAGCAUCUGCCUCUUGUGUAUAUGAGUCUAUAUGGGAGACUCCUAUGUGUGUAUAUGUAUAUGUAUAUUACACCACUAUGUUUAUGAAAACACACAUGUAUGUAUAUUUAUGUAUCAAUUAAAA